GUCUUAGCAAAUGAUUUUUCAUAAAAUAUUAUGGCUACACUCCCACCACCUCCUGGGCAUCCCAUUCCAAGGCUAAGCCUUUCCAUGAAGAAAUUCCUCCUAAUGUCCAACCUGAAUAUGUCCAACCUCUUCAUCCUCCAGCUUCUUUCUAAGAGAUUUAUCGUGCUCCAUCACUUCCUGAAUGACCAAUUGAAGCAACUGAUUCAUUGCCCAUUCCCUCUGAAUCACUUCUGGUUCAGCAGCUCCCGGUGAGCCGUCGUGAGAGCUGCAAAGCUUUCACCAAUAAUGACCCUCUGAGGGUUGUCCUGACUUCUGGAGAAAAAGGUUCCAGCAGGUCUGGAGCCCACUGCUCACUGCACCAGAGCCAGGGGAGCCUGUCUGUGAUGCCAGUUUAACAUUGUGACCCACGUCUGCAGCAAGAACUGAAGUUCUUGUUAACAGAUCCCUCAGGGGCAAUCAGAGCAAAACAACACUGAAUGACCAGUGUGUGAUUUUUAUCUGCCAGCAUAAAACUUCUGCUGGCUGCAGAUGAUUGUAAAUAACCAAAAUAGUAGAGCUUCAGUCAAGUCAUAGAAGGCAGUGUGGGCAAGGAGCCCAUGAACAAUCGUAAAUGAAACUGCAUCUCUGAAAGAAGGAGAAGCAAAGGGGCAAUUUGCUGAACGGUCAUCAAAAUAAAAUCAAGCAGCAGUCAGAAAUUACACUGUAAGGUAAAACUGUGUUUCUGGCAGAGCUCUGUCAUGGAGAUUACCUAGGGCAGUUCACAGCCUUCACAUUUCCAACAAGGCUUUUCCUGGUUCUUAGUACAAGGUUGAGCAGCCCACCAUUCCUUGGGGGAUCCUUCAUUACCUGUGUCAGGAAGGGAUCAUCAAAGCUUUCCAGGAACCUCCUGGACUGUCUGUACUUUGCUGUGCUGCCUCUCCAGCUGUCAGUGUGAUUAAAAUGCCUCACAAGAGGGGAGAACCAGGGCCUGUGUAUUGAGGCUGCUUUGAGCAUCCUGCAUUGUGGCAUCACAGUGGUGACGGAAUAAGGAGGCUGAGUCCUGUGCAGGACACCCACUGCAGUCCGUAAGGGAUGGGGGAAUAGGAAAACCUGCUUGGCCUGGAGGAGGCAGAGCCACCCACAGCUCCCCUGGCCGUCAGACUGGCCCGGGACAGUGGGACACAGAGCAGCACUGCAGGCACACAGCCCCUCAGCCAGGGGCAAUUCUUGAGCAGCUGACAUCCCAGCUGCCCCUGGCCCAGCAAGCCAAGGCCAAGGAACAGCAGGGCUGUGGAGUGCAGCUGGGAUGCUGGCCGAAGGCUUGGCAGGUCCGGAAAUGCCAUGGCAGGAUCCUCAGACUUGGUGAGGCAGAGGCAGACAGGUCAGCAUACUCUCCCCCUCCCUGCCCACCCCGUGGGCCUGGGGACAACGGGCUCAGGUGGGGCUGUCCUCACAGGGCAGGUGGCAGCUGCCAACAUCGGCCACCACGAUGGCCACCAGCACGCGGCCGAGUCUGAGCGGCUCCGGAAGGCCAGGCUGCAUGUGGAGAAGGCCAUUAAGGUGAGGGCUCGAUUUCACACUGCCCCGGGGUGGCACAUGCUUGCGCUGGUGCACCUGUGCUCAGGUGGGCAGGCUGAGCUCGCUGCUGUCCCGCAGGAGAAGAAGAUCUUCACAGUGCACGGCCCUUACCCCGUCAUCCGCCGGCUGCUGCGCGCCCGCGGCUGGGUGGAGAGGAAGCUGCCCCUCAACAGCAAGCAGCUGAAGCAGCAGCCUGGCGACCAAAGGAAACAACAGCUGGAGAAGAGGGCAAGUGGUGGCGGUGAUGAGCAGGGGGAGGCAGGGCUGAACCCGUGUGGUGGGGCACAGCCUUCCUCGGGCACCGCAGAGCCUCAGCAACACCCAUGUGGCACGGCACAUGAUAGGGAGAACAAGGGGGAGAGGGAAGAUGAAGACAAGGAGGAAGACCAGGAGCAGUGCAGUGAGGACUCUGAAGACAUCCAUGACCUCAUGUCCUUCCUGGUGCAGGACCAGGUGCCAAACUUCCUCUGGACCAUUCGCCUGAGCAGCGUUGACCAGGAGCUGCUGCCGAGGAUUGAGGUGGUGAACCGCUAUCCCCGGCUGGCCGCACUUUGCACCAAGGAGGGGCUGUGCCAAAACCUGCAAAACUUGUCCUGGUUUGAGCAAAUAGACUUCAACACCUUUUUCCCCCGGUGCUACCGGCUGGGGUUCAUGGACGAGGAGCAAGCCUUCACUGAGGAUUUCCGCCUGACAGCAGCUCGCAGCCUUCUCAAACUGGCCCUGCAGAAGGUCGGGGACAGGCCCGUGGGGACAGAGCAGCUCCCAAAACCCGACGAGGUGCCAGCAGGGCCGCGCUCCCCCCUGUAUCCCCAGCUGGUGGAGGAGGCCCUGAAGGUCUGUGAGCAGCACCUGGGAGUCCUGGGGCACCAGGACAUCGACAGGAACACCCCAUCGCCCUGCCGCACAUGCAUCGACUGGGACCGCUUCCUGCUGGAAUACUACCGUGUGGCACAUGAGGGGACCGGGCUGGUGCUGGGCAGGGAGCAGCGGGAGCGGUGCCAGGACCUGCUGCAGCGCCUGGAGGAGAAGCUGCCGCAGCUCGGCAUAGAGGGCAACCUCAACAUCUGGAUCGUCAAGCCCAGCGCCAAAUCCCGCGGCAGGGGCAUCGUGUGCGCCACGCGGCUGGAGGAGGUGCUGGAGCUGGCGCAGAGCUGCACGGGCCCCCCGGUGCAGAUGUGCGAGUGGGUGGUGCAGAAGUACGUGGAGCGGCCGCUGACCAUCUUCAACACCAAAUUCGACAUCCGGCAGUGGUUCCUGGUGACUGACUGGAAGCCACUGACUGUCUGGUUCUACCGAGACUGCUACCUGCGCUUCUGCUCCCGGCCCUUCUCUCUGUGUCACCUGGAGCCCGCCAGGCACCUCUGCAACGUCUCCAUCCAGAAGCGGUACAAAACAUCACAGCCGGACCCCCGCGUGCCCCCCGACAAGAUCUGGUGCAACAAGCAGUUCCAGGCCCACCUGGCACGCCUGGGGCGGGCGAGUGCUUGGCAGCGGGUGACGGUGCCCGGCAUGAAGGCGGCGAUCCUGAAUGCCCUGCGCUGCACCCGGGACCAGGUGGGCUCCCGCAAGGGCAGCUUUGAGCUCUUCGGGGCCGACUUUCUCAUGGGGGAGGACUUCCAGCCCUGGCUGCUGGAGGUCAACUCCUGCCCCACCAUGAGCCCCUCCUCGGCGGUGACACGCCGGCUGUGCGCCAACGUGCAGCGGGACACGCUGCGCCUGGUGAUCGACCGCAAGGACAACCCCUCCUGCUCCAUUGGUGCCUUUGAGCUCCUCUACAGGGAGGCAGCCGUGUCCUCGUGUCUGACUGCGGGGCUGAAGCUGAUGGUCACAGGCUGUUCCCUGAAGAAGGCCCAGCCAGCAAAGCAUCGAUCCAAGGACAAGCUCCGCAGCACUGUACCCAGAACUCUCCAGCUGCCUGCACCCUCAGGGGUCAGAGGCACCAAGGUCCCCUGGUCCAGAGCGGCACAGGAAAAGCUGCCUCCCCUGCGGCUGCCCAAGUCUAACCCUGCAGCACUGCCACAGCCCCCGGCCUGCUCUGCUGGGAGCCAGGAGCUGCCAUGGCUCCUUCACCUGGUUGGGCAGCCCGAGGAAGCUCAGCCCCUGAUCAGUAGUUGUCGCAUGGAUAGAAUGCCAGGACCACCAAGCCAGGGAGACCCCAGGAGCCCCCGGUGGCCCCCAGGCUACUCUGCUGAAGACCAGGAGCUGCCAUGGCUCCUUCACCUGGUGGUCGGGCAGCCCAAGGAAGCUCAACCCCAGACAGCUUUGCUGCCGAUCACCGGCUGCCCUCUGGAUAGGGGACCCGUGCCACUGCCCCGGGGAGCGACCAGGAGUCCCUGGCUGCCUCCGGGCGGUUCUGCCAGGAGCCAGGAGCUGCCAUGGCUCCUCCACCCGGCUGGGCAAGCCGAGGACGCUCAGCCUCAGUUGGCUCACACCCAGGGAGCGCAGCCCCCGAUCAAUAGCCGUCCCCUGGAUAGGUUGCCCCCGCCCCAGGAAGCGCCCAGGAGGCCCUGGCGACCCCCAGGGCCCGGGAGCCGUGGAUUGGCACAGCUCAGUCGGCCGGGAGGGCAGCCCCAGGCUGCUCGGUCCCGCACAGUUCUGCCCCCGAUCAAGGCCCGUCCCCCGGUGCGGGGGCCCGUGCCACAACCCCGGGGAGAGCCCAGCAGACCCUGGCGACCCCCGGGCUGUGCACGGGCCCCUGCAGGAGUUCCUGCCAGGCCAGCGCGCCUACCGGCGCUGUGACAGAGCACCGCACCCCCAGCCCUGCCGGGAACACAGGACACGCCAGCUCCCGAGGGGUGCAGGGGCCCGGGACACAGAGACAGCCCACGAAGGGACAGCGCCCUGCCCGUCCUGCGCGGGCUGACACCGCAGCACCCUCUGCCUCCCACGGGAACCAGAGCCCACUGCUGCGCCGCGGUGCCACCUUACCCUGCACGCCUGCUUUAAUAGACUUUGGUCAGAAGGAGCCUGGCUUGGACCUUCUGUGCGUGGGAGAUGUGGACACAGCUGGGGCUGGUGCUGCAGGCAGCACCUGGGGCUGCCAGGGCAGCUGCUCUGCUGGGUACAGACACAGCAGGCAGCAAAAGCUGCUCUGCUCGGCCCGCCUGCGCUGGCCCCUGCCAGGCAGAGCUGUGGCAGCAGGGACAGUGCAGCCCGGCACCGGGAAGCGGCCAGGCACAGAGUGCUGGCAGGGCUGGUGCCCCGGCACGCCAGGGGAUGGCAGGAGGGAUCCCAUCCUGCGGGCGUGCCAGGAAAAGAAGUGGGUGCUUGAGCCUGGCAGCGGGUGGGAUUAAUGGGCUGGCAAAGGGAAGUCAGGUGUGCUCAGGACAUCCCUGUGGGCUCCUGGGGCUGCUCGGAUGUACAGGAAAGGAGGGGGGACUGCAGUGGGGCCCGGGGCAGCACCAGCUCCUGCAGGUUCCUUUUGUGACAAGGCUACCCACCUUGCUACAGAAUCCCAGACGGGUCAGUUUGGAAGGACCACGGUGGGUCAUUGGUGCCACCUCCCUGCUGCAGCAGCGUGAUCCCAGAGCACUGGCACAGGAUUGUGUCCAGGCAUUCAUGAGUGUCUGCAGGGAGGGACAUUCCUUAGUCUCUCUGGGGCAUCUGUUCCAGGGUGUGGAGUGAGUUCUUCCUGACAGCUGGAGCUGGCACUGCCAGGGCAGCUCCCCUGCUGGCAGAGAGCAGACAGGAUCUUGUGGCUCCCCAGUGCGUGUGCCCACCAGGCCCUGUGCCUGCUGCUGUCCCUGGGGAUGGCUGGGCCAGGCUCUCCAGUGCAUGGUACAUCAGCUGCAGAAAAAGGCUGGUGCUUCUGGCAGAGUUCUGACGUGGAGACUGGAGCUGGGAGAGUUCUCUGCUGUGAGAGCCAGCUCCUCAGGCCUCCUCUCUGCAAAAGUUCUUCCUCACUGGGGAACUCCUGCUGCAAUAAGGUACAGACAGACCAUUUUCUGCUGGCUGCCUUCAUCAGGACCACUGUGAACAAGUGGAAGAGAACCUGGAUGCAAAGGGAAAAUCAAACCUGUCCAGUAGCAGGGGCCAUCUCCUGCAUCAGUUUGGAUCAUGUGCCCAUGUUGGUGAGUAGCUCCUGAAAAAGUUGUUUGGCAGAACAAUAACUGAGGGGGGGACCAUCUUCUGUUCCCCUAGAAAUCCUUCUGGGCAUCACCCUCAUGCCAUCUCAUCCCAGCCAGAAGGGUCUGCAGAUUCUCCCAGUCUUCACAUGUUGUUCCACACAAAGGAAGGGAGAAGAGCUGACUUAAUUGGCAUUUUGAUAUCUACCACUCAGUCAGGAAACCCAGCGCUCAGAAAAUGUUUUUGCAUGACUGGUAAAGUCAUUCAGAUGCCAGUGGCCCAGAGGCAGGAGUCGGAGCAAACAGAGGGGCUUGGCUGAGUCAGGAUGAAUCUUUCAAGACUGUCCUCGAGGGUGGCAGGGAGGAUGUAUUUAGAGACUUCCCUUGUACAUCAGAAGUGGAGUAGGAGAGUCUCUUGCAUGAAGCAAUGACAGCAGCACAGGAAGAUUUUAGGGAUGUGAGAGCAGGUGUCACAAGGAGAGUCAAAGGAUGAAGCUCCAGAACUCAAAUGACAUCAGCAGAAAAAGGGUGUUGAACAAAAAGCUGGAAGUAAGCUGUGAGAGAGGGAAAGAAACUGUACUAAUGGACUGGUUAUGGAAAACUGAGUGAUCAUUGGUGGAUGGUUUUAAAGGGGGGCAAGGGAUAGUCAGAGAGAGAGACCUGGGUAAUGGAGGGGAAAGCUCUGCUCUCCCCAGUGACAGAUGCCUCUGGGGAGCUGAAUCAGUUGUGUGCCAGAAAAUGUACCGAGAACAAGGAAAUCUGCAGGUAGGAGUUCAAACAGAUUACUGCUGUGACUCAGUCUCUUGAGAUGGGAAGCACAAGCAAAAAAUAAAUCAAAGGGGGAGACCAGUGGGGAGAAGUUAAACAGAGAGCAGCAACAAGAAAAGGAAAGGAAAGAUGAACUCUGCAGAUGUACACAACCUAAGGCCAGAGGAGUUGUAUGCUAGUGCUGUUCACAGUCAGGCUGUCAUCCAACCUGAGGCACACUUUGUGAUUUGCCUUUGAAGUUCCAACACUUGUGAAGCCUCCAGGGAUUGUUUCAAUCUAACAGAAGGACCUUGGGCUGGCUGCUCUUGCUGCCUCAGAGUGCUUCAUGUCCUGCUGGGUUUGUGCACACCCGUGACCCACCAGGCAGCCCUCACACAUCUCCCCAAACCACAAACAGUGAGUCCCUUUGUGCAGCUCCUGGUUCCCAAGGCUUCCCUGAGCCUCCCUGGAGUUUCCCCAGCCUGCCUCUGCUAUGGCUGUUCCAGGAGGAAGAUGUGAUCACAGUUACCUCGUGCUAGCAAACAGGACAUCAAGUCAUCGCUCUGAUACCACAGCAGCUUCAGUAAAAGGCACAAAAUAACAUAUAAUGUAAAUGAGAACAAUCAUUUACAUUGACAUUGUUCUCAUGUAAAUGAGAACAAUCCCUCUCACCUCUGUCCUCGGAUUAAUUUUACCUGUGUCCUACAUCCACUACGUGUAUUUUGCCCAAUUUAUCAUAUAUUUCACUAAGUAUGUAUUUAUGACUGAAAUACAAGAACAUGCUUUUUCCUCCCCGUUUUAAACACAUUUACAUUCCAUUGGGUUUUCCUGAAAGGCAACUUGCAACACAAAUAUUGUUCUAGUCCCAGUAAUCUGUGCUCAUACAUUACUGCAAAACAGACACAAAUUCCACAAAGUGGAAUUCUUGGGCUGCUGUAAGCACAGUGGAGCUAAUAAAUACAUUUACAGCUUAGGACUUUUGAAUGGCUCCUGAAUAACCCAGCUUUAUCAAUUGUUUGAGACUGAAUCCCAGGAAAUUAAAUUUAGCAUUACUACUGCCACAAAUCUCUUGCUAUAGCUCCAAGGAACAUCUCAUUUAUAAUAUCAAAUCAGGGAAGACUUUCAGUAAGAGGAAUUGUAUUGACGUAAAUGGGCUGGUGGAAGGAGGAUUUCCUCAUCCCUAAGUAAUGGCUUCACUUCCUGCUCCCAGAAUGAACUUGACUGGGGCAAGGCUAAAUCAUGGUGUGUUGGCAUUAUAGGCCAUGGAGACCUCCUGGAAGCAGGCAGGGGGGAAAAAUAAAAUAAAGUGGCAGAGUAUUUGCUGAGUGUGGUAUUACAGAAGGAUGGGGUGAAUAAAUUGUCUCCUACUAGCAGCAGUGCCUGUACAACCCAACAGCUGUUCUGUGGCACAGGGAUUGCAGGGAAAUCGAACUCGAGCUGCUACAACUGCUACAGCCUGUGACAUGCUGCUUACAGGAGAAACAGAGCCCAGGGACCCCCAAAGGCAGGAGAGCUGUAGAAACACAGAAAACCGUCUAUAAACAGGAAUCUGUUCGUUUUGUGCAAUGCAGCUCCUAGCUGCUGACUAAGGAUGCCAGAAGAAGCCUGGCGCAUCAUAGGGAAUUGCUGUUGAGCUGUGCAACCAUUACACAGGACAAACAGAAACAUUCACAAGAGCCAGAAGUAGCUUCAAAUUGCCUAUUAAUUCUGGAUGCCUGUCAGCAAUUGUUAUCUGAUGGGCCAGAGUGAGCUGGCAUCUUCUGCAGAGGAAAAAAAGAAAUCAAAUCUAACCAUUACUUAAAAGAAAUAGCUAAAGGAUCAUUUCAUCAUGACUCUCAUCCCCUUUGCCUUUUAGCCCCCCUUCACAAUGGCUGGUUCCUCCUGGCAGCACUCCCCUCCCAGCCUGCUGGAGCUCUUGGCCCUGUUCUUCCCCCCACUGACCCUGUCCCAGCCGAGGGGGUGGCACUGGUGAAGGGGCAGGGCCCCUCCCCGCUGGAACUGCCAGCAGCUGGGGCAUCCCCUCCCUGAACAUUCAGUGCUUUCUCCUUGUCACCCGUGGCUCUGAAAGCUUUGAAGCUUUCCUGGGUGAACAGAUUUGAAUUUAUUGGUAAACAAGGAACAUCCACCUUCUGACAGUGAAACCUGUGUGCGCUGACAGCACCAUCCGCAUUUGAAACGCUGAUUUGCAUCUUGGUGUAAAUGAGUUUGCUGGGGCCAGGCUUGUGCAGUGUGCUUUCCGUGUGGGGGAAGCUUUACCUGAAUGUAAAAAUAUUCGGUGAAAAUGAAUUUCAGAGAUGCGUGUUGCUCUGCUUACAGAACCCAAUUUUAAUGUGACCCUUCAGCAGUGACAGCAGGAUCUGAAAAAUGCUGAAAUAUGUCAUUUUAAAUAAAAUUUUCGUGGGGUAUGUCAUCAAAACUUUAAAACUGACUGUUUUCUGUCAGGCUCAAGAUAGGGUUAUAAAUUUAAAAAAAAAUCAAAAACCCCCAAAAAAGAAACAAACAAAAAACCAAAACCAAAAGGAAAA